AAUCAGCGGACGGUACCUCACUACGCAAUCAAAAACUGCGAACAUAGAUAAGCUCUGCGGGUCUGGGUCAUGUAAGCUGCGAAAACGAAACUCGUCUGCCCUGAGGAUGAGAGCAGAGAUGGCUCUCGAAACGUUGGCGGAGGAAAUGGUUCAUUCAGCCACCUGACGCGGCUUGUUGCCCGAGAGUCUUUCAUCAAUAAUGUAUAUUAUCUUACAAACGAUAAACUUCGCAUGGAAUAGCAUUGGGUGUUUUUUUCAGAUUUGCUUUUAAAGAUUGGCAGUCCUGCUGAUUGGUACGUAAACAAGUAUGGUGUACGAAUGGUUUGAAUGGCGAAGGAAAUUUUCAUUCCAUAAUUGAAUUUUAUACUCUUUACAAGAACCAAUGUUUUGAAUUAUUCAUAAUAGAAUUUAACCAUGUCAAAGUACUUUAUCUCGCAAUUGUCAAAUACAUUAUAUCGUGUAGGCCAGAAAUUUGGUUUGCAGACGCACAAAUCUUACCAUGUGAUGAUUCCAUGGAAAAAAAAUUUAUUGGACUUCCACACUUCUAAAUGUAUUGAGUGUGAUCUUGAGAACAACUCUGUAGCAAACUUGUUAACAUACACAUUUUCUGGUCAGUAUAAGACUGUGAUCACUAAUGUAUCAACAUCAGCUAAGGAGUUUAGAGAAACUGAAAAUGAAUAUGCACAUAAAGUACUGGAAACAAAUCCUGUUUAUUCAGCCACGUUAGCGUCUAAAGACUAUCUUGGUGAAGUGGAAAUGAUAUCUGAUGAUGAUUUUAAGAAUAUUAUUGCAAAAGACUGGAGUAAUGAAUCUGCAGAAAGUGCUUUUGUUAAUUUUAAGAAAAUAUCGCUGUAUGCUUCCAAGAAGCAACAUUCAAUAACUGGAGAAAUAUUUGAUGGACUUGUUAAAACAUUGGUGGAGAAAUGUUCACAGUUAAGUGAUGAUGAACUGAUUGGAAUAUUAGCAUGUCUCAGAAAAUGGUGUACAGCUGAAAAAGCAUCUUCUCGAAAUUAUACUGAGUUAUGGAAAGCAGUUGACAAACAGUGUUCGCUAAGAAUGGAAAAGUGGGAUCGUAAUAAACUCUUAUUUGUUGCUGAUCACUGGUACUUGCUUUAUUUGGGAAGGCUAUCAGAGUUUAUGUGGCAUUGUACUGUGAGAUUAAGUCGCAGACCAGAGAAACUCACUGCUUCUCAGUUAGUCCAGUGUAUGUUCUACAUAAACAUACGUCGUAAAUUUCCAUCACAUAUAUCAGUUUAUGAUUUUGAAUACAGUCUUCAAAACUGUCUUGAUCAGCUUACUUUGGAUGAUCUGGGAAUUCUUGCUAUGGGUUUCUUUAAAAGUGAAAAACCAAUCAGGAGCCAGACUCUUCUUUCUGACCUUCUGAGACGCAUUAUAAAUUCAGUUGAUACCAUCCAUGAAAUUACACUGGCUGCUCUUAUGAAAGUAAUACGUUACUCUCUCCAGCCAACACAUGCAGACAUGUUGUUUGUUCUUAUAGGCAAACUCAUGCCACAUAUUGACAGAGUCUCCCAAAUGUGCUGCACGCACAUUGCAUUAGUAGGCACCAACAUACAUACCUAUCAUGAGGGAACAAUGAACAAGAUUGUGCAGCGAUUUGUUAAUGAAAUUACAUUGGCCAGGUUGAAAGAUCUUGAAAGACUUGCAUUUGCUUUGUCCUUAUAUAACUAUGAACAUAAAAUGGAGCCUUCUAUCUAUAAGUUGAUUGGUGAAGAACUUUGCAAAAGUGAGAGGACUCUAGAAAUUCAGCAGUACCCCAAAUGUCUGCCAUGUUGCCUCCAUUAUCUCUCUCUGCAAAAAGUUUUCCUCACUGAGGAGAUUAGCAGAGUACUGGAUAAAAGUUUCAUCUGUGAUGUUUAUGGGAGAAACAGUCAUAAAGUUGGUCGAGAGAUCCUAAGUUUGGACUUGAGUGUGGAAUUAGAAUGCCCUGAAUAUAAUGGAACCCGACUUGACCCCAAACUUAGAAAAAUUCUAGCAAAGAUAUACACUGAUAGUAUCUGGGAGUAUAAAGAUUUGGUUGGAAGGAAACUAAGUGCAACAGACAAGAUUCUGUUUGAGGUCAUCUCUGCAGCUAUUUCCGUUCUUGGUGGUAAUGAAAAGGUGCACUUAGGGCAUCUCAUUCCACAUAGAGAACGUGCAGAUAUUGUGUAUGGUAUUCGUGCUGAUGGUUCAGCCGUUAAUAUUCCACCUUCCUUCCGAAAACUUGAAAUUGGAACCUGCAAAAGGCCUCCAGAUUUUCAAGAUACAAAAUGGUACUGCAUUGUCAUUGGUGGAUGGAAUUCUUACAUCAAAAUACUAAACAAACCUGUUGGUUCCAUGUCUUCCAAGUUACGACACCUACAGUUAUUAGGUUACAAGCCUGUAGUUGUUCCAUGGUUUGAUUGGAAGCAGCUGCCUGCAGAGGAGCAAGAAAAGUACCUAGCAAAGAAGAUUUGGGAGGAAUUUCAAGACAGAGUGUCCUGUACAGCUAUGUGAUCUGUUUUGUGGCAUUGGCAGCAAAGCUAGAUAGGUGAUUGAGCUUUAAUUAUAUACACGUAUGAUUUUUAGUACAGAUUGAUUGUAUUCUGAAUUAUGUUGUAUCAGCUGAGGAAGUUACAUUCCUCUGAUAAUGGUGCUUGUCUUGGAGCAUUUAUAUAAGGGUUGAAAGUAGAACAUAUUUUGUUUCAGGGUUUUGAAGGAAUAAAAUUCCUUCUUUGGAACCAUGUAAACCACUUGUGUUUUUGGUCUAUCCACUGAUUUAUUAACAUAAAUUAUUAGUUACUAACAGUUUUCUGAUUAAAAAAACUACAAAUAUCAUGCCAUUCAAGGCCACACCAUCUUGGUACUUUUCAGCUUCUUGUUAUUAACAUACCAGCAUGAUGGCAGUGAAAACAUAUGAGGUGGUAAUGUCGUCAGUGUCAUUCAGGAUACAAUCUUGAAGUUUGGUAUUGUGAUAGGUUUAGAAAAUUAUGUGGUUUUUGGGGGUGAUAAAUUAUUACAAAAAUUGUAAGUAAGAACUUACCAGCUGUGCAAUGUUUUUACUCUUGUUGUUAAGUGAUGAAUCAUUGGGUUUUUUUUAUCUGUAUGGAUUCGUGUUUCAAAUACAUCUACUAGUAGUAUGAAUGGUA